AUGACUGGACUAGCCGGCCCAGCUCUGCUGUGCAUGUGCAUUCUCCGCCAACCCGGCUGCCAGCAAGGCUACAGAAGCUUUUUCUGUUUCCCAAGCAUCCAUCUUCGCGGUGGAGGUUUGACGCUUCCCUGGAAGUCCAGAACUCCCACCAAUGCUGACUUAUGUGAGCUCUUCCCGGAAGUGUGCAGUCCUGAAGACAGGCUGGGCAGCCAGUGGCCUGGGGAUUUUGGAGUGAUCGCUAAUGAGUCAGUUGGAGUGUCUGAGGAAAUUUGCCAGUGCAUCCUGGCUGAGACUCAGCAUUUCUCAGCAGAACCCAUUGAGAAGAAGAAAGAGAACAACAUGAAGAGGAAGAAGGAGCAGUUAAAGGAGCGCCUCAGUGCCUGGGACUCUCCCCAUGGCCUCGUUGGUUUACACAACAUUGGCCAGACAUGCUGUCUUAACUCUCUGAUUCAGGUAUUAAUUAUGAAUGUGGGCUUCACCAAGAUAUUGAAGAGGAUAAAAGUACCAAGUGGAACAGAAGAGCAGAGUAGAAGUGUCCCCUUCCAGUUGCUUUUACUACUGGAGAAGAUGCAGGACAGCCGGCAGAAAGCAGUGCAACCUAUGGAGCUUGCCUACUGUCUCCAGAAGUACAAUGUUCCAAUGUUUGUCCAGCAUGAUGCUGCUCAACUCUACCUCACGGUCUGGAACCUAAUUAAGGACCAAAUCACAGAUGUGGACCUGGUAGAGAGGCUGCAGGCCCUGUAUACAAUCCGGGUGAAGGAGUCCUUGGUUUGCCUUGAAUGUACUGUGGAAAGGAGCAGAAACAGUAGCAUGUUGACCCUCCCCCUUCCUCUUUUUGAUAUGGACUCAAAACCUCUGAAAACACUGGAGGAUGCCCUUCGAUGUUUCUUCCAACCCAGGGAAUUAUCAGGCAAAAGCAAAUGUUUCUGUGAGAAAUGUGGGAAAAAGACUUGUGGGAAACAGGUCUUGAAGCUGACCCAUUUGCCCCAGACCUUGACAAUCCACCUCUUGCGGUUCUCCAUCAGGAAUUCUCAGACAGAAAAGAUUUGCCACUCACUCUAUUUCCCCCAGACCUUGGAUUUAAGUCAGGUCCUUGUGAUUGAAGAAGGCCUCUGUAAUGCUGAGGAACAGCUUGGAAGACAGUAUGAGCUCUUUGCUGUGAUUGCCCACGUGGGGGCAGCUGACUUUGGUCAUUACUGUGCCUAUAUCCAGAAUUCUGUGGAUGGAAAAUGGUUCUGCUUCAACGAUUCCAAUGUUUCUUGGGUAUCCUGGGAAGACAUCCAGUGUACUUAUGGAAAUCAUAACUACCGCUGGAGAGAAACUGCUUAUCUUCUGGUUUACAUGAAGACUGAGUCCUAAUGGACCUACCCUAAAACUUCAGAGACUGACAGAAUUUCAUUUUCCUCUCUAUCCCUGGAUCUGUUGACUCUUCCAUGAAAUUUUGCAGUGAGAAGAAGCCUCAUUUUCAAAUUGUGUAAAUUGUUUAUAAUAAGGGGUAAUUUAACAGUAACUUUGCAGGGGUCUUGAUCAGUCAGAAUAGAUACUUCCACCUCUAGACCUUUGGCCAUAUGGCUGGGGAAGAGAGUGCUCCUUGCUGUGGAAUAUAUUAAUUCUUUAGUUAGGGUAGUGUGGGAGUCCAGAUGCUCCUACGGGAGGAGAAACCAGGCCUACAAUGGCAGUGGGAGGCAUUCAGGGGGCAAGGGGCAAUGAUAGGGAGGUAUUUCAGUAUUUUACAGCUACUGUGACAGUACUGGUAUGUACUGGUAGAAUAUGAUUUUUGUUUAUAAUUUAAAACUAUUUUAGGGGGACCCUGGGUGG